GUGGCAAGAAUCCGUGUGUGUGUGUGUGUGUGUGUGUGAGUUGAUGUUGAUGGUGGAAAAACAGUUUAAUAGAAAGAAAAUCAAACAGUAAUACGUUUAUUUACCGACUCGGUCUGUCUUUAUGUGGGCUGGAUACUGCAGACAGUUCAAUUAGCUGUGCUGGACUAAGAGAAUCUGCGGCUCAAGACUAAGACCUGGUGAAGAAUUAAACCAAGAAGAACUUGCCAGGGUGUCCAAUAGCUUCGAUACCAAUGGACGCCCGAGCCAGGUCAGUCAAAUGGCAAGUUCGUAUGCUGGAACAGCAGCUUCAGCAGCCUGAGGAAUCAUCCAGCCUGCUGCAGAGUGACUCUUCUACACACCCGCCUUCCCAACAACAACCUCAGGAACGAGCAGAAGAGUACAUCUCUGACACCUUCACCUACAUCGAAACAGUCAAAGACUUUUGUGGCAUUGAACCAGCAUGGACCCGUCAGAGGGAGUCAGAGAUAGAGAAGAUGAGAGACAUCAAAAUUAAAGCAGACAAACUCUUCACUUGUUUCAAAAUCAAGAAACUGAAGAAAGAGCUGGGGGAAGUUCUGAUGGACACUCGGAAGGGGCUGAAGGAAGUUAAACCCUUCCUGGACACAGUAGAAAAGCUAGCAGUCACCUCGCCAUUUGUGUUCAUGGACAAGAGCUUCCCACUAAGGGGGAAGAACGCCGAUGCUGUACGAUCGGUGGUCUCAGCCAAAAUUGCUUCCCCACUCCUCAUCCACUUCAAGAGUGAUGAUGGAGUUUUCUUCUUGCCAGAACUUGACAAGGUGGAACUUCUGGUCCAUCAGUUAACCAAAUAUGUCUGCAUCAUAAAGUGGAUAUGCAAGGAAAUGAUAACCAAGGACAAAUCACAAGUUACAAGCAAUCAGGACGACCCCUCACAGCUCAGUUUGAGUACAAGCCUGUCCAUGGAAAACGUAUCUGAUUUGAGCCAGCUGAGCAGAAUCAGAAUGGAAGAGUCAUUCCGGCUGACAUUCUUGGUGAAUGAUCAGGAGUUCGCUAAGACGUACAGUCAACAUUAUUCUAAAAUGUCUCAGCUUCUGUCAAGUCUAGAGAACAAUGCAGUUGGGCUGGAUAAGAUAAAGGAUGGGUACAGUGUUUUGACUAUAAUAGGUAGUUUUUUUGGCAUUUUAGGGGGUAUCUUGUCCAUCCUCUCAUUCUUCACAGGCCUGACUAUUUUCCCUGCUGCAAUCUUUCUGACCCUCAAACGGAUGGGGGGUUUGUUGGGGAUCUUCAGUGGAAUUUUCUACUUGGUCACAGCUUUCGUAGAUUUUGUAGUCAAUAAACAUUAUGUGAAACUAGUCAACAACAACAUCAACGACUUCAUGAAGCACAGGCAGUACAUUGUAGAUUGUCUAAAGCUGGCAGCUAGUCAUCAUCACGCUGCACCACAGCUGAGUCAGGGUAAUAUGAGACUUGGCUGUAUGAAAGUGAUAAGUUAUUUCAGGGCGAUAUUCAAAAGUUUUGAUGCCUUCGUUGAUGGAGCUGUAGUUGUGGAACAGUUGGACUUUUUAAAACUAAACACAUAUAUUUUUCUUGGAGGAAAUGCUGUAGCCAUUCUUGUAGAUCUUUUUUCCAUUAGCAAAGAAAGUUGGAGUAUAUUCACAAGGAAGAAAAGCAAAGCAGCUCAGCUCAUCCGCUCCAACACAGAUCUGUGGCGCUCAGAGUUCGAGGCAUGGAAAAGGAUUCAUGAGUGUCUGUUCAAAGGAGAACAGGUGUUCCGGGAGAGAAUGGUCAUAGAAGAGACAGAGUAGAGUAACUCUUUCACUUUUCCAGCAUAGCCAGUAUAGUGUUACCAGAGUAAAGGGUGAGUAACAAUUGGUUCAGUAGUAUCUUGUAGGUAUAUAUAUUGGCAAAAAAUCAAAUGUACAUGAUGACUCUUACCCCCAAACGCAGUCGAUCAGCCAAGACAUGUUUACUGUUCAAAUUUCAGGAUUGGUAACAUGAGGCUCUUUUACUGCCCUGUUGCGGCUCCACAGCAGAAUUUGAUUUUUAGGUAAAAUGAAACAUACUUUACAGUAAAAUAACGCUCUGCUGAUCGUUUACAGUUUUACCAAUAAAUGGUCUUAAAUGCUGAAGCUAAUGUAGAGCUGCUAAUUCACCCUAUAAACCUGAUUGUUUGUGCAUAGACUUCUGGCCCCUAGCAACACAGACAACAAUCUCACCUAGCUAGUCGCUAACGAAAUGGCGAAGAGAAAGACUUAUGAACAUUGAUUAUUUGGAGUGGAAGCUUGGAGCUGUAAUUGAAGCAUUAGCUACCUUGUUGCUUGCCCUAAUGAGAGAUCUUGUCUUGCUUGGCAGGUCUUUGCUGUUUUAGUGGGGGAUUUUGCUCUGUAUCUGACAAGGGAUGUAAUUUAACUGUUAAGCUGUAAACAUUUUGAAGUUCUCCAUAUGUAUUUUUGCCCUUUGGGAGCUGUUGGUAUUAGAAUUUAACCCUACUGACCAUUUUUAUUUCUAUUAAGAUUCUAUGCAUGUUUUUUUAUUAUGUACUUCUAUUUUUUC